CUUUUCUUCUUAAAGAUGUUCUUUUCGAAUUUUGAUUUAGAUCUGCAUUAUGUCACAGAAAUCCUGUAUAGAGCUGAAUGAGAUACGUAAGUUAGAUGAGAUUCUACGCCAAUGUGAAAUUUACGUAUCGAAAAAUAAGCAAACCCCUCUAGUGGAUACUCGCAAGAAGAAAUUUCAAAUCCUUAGCUCGUCGAAGUUGCAGAAAUUCGUGGAGCGCGAACUCUUCUCGAUGAUGUGCACAGCCAACAGGAUGAACAAAAAGAGCGUAUUUGUAUCGGACAUUCUUAUGAAUUCCAAUCUUUUCUCAUACAAGGAUGAGAAUGGCAAGUACUUUUUACGUAAUACUUGUCAAAAGAACCCCAACAACUUUCGCAUGUAUCACAAGAUAUUGCGAAACAAUAUCGACGAUGGCGAGGAGGAAUUCAUGUAUCGCAAAUGUGCGAAAAACGAGCUUUCUCAAAAUUGUUUGGAAAAUAUCAAAAACUGUCUGCAUGAAAAUUUGAAGCAGGGCAAGAAGUACGGUUCGAACGCUCACGAGGCCAUACAACACAAACGCAAACAGCAGCAACAACAAUUGUACAAACAACAGCAGCAGCAGCAAUCGACCAAGGUGGUAGGGAGCCACCCACCACACCACACACCUCUAGAGAACUGCACAUUGAAGCCGAUCCAUAAAAUGGACGGCAGUCUUUCGUGUGACAAAUGUGAGAAACAGCGGCACAAAGCCGUACUUAUACAGACGCAAGCUGGAUUAAGCGGCAUGGACAACAUCAGCGAGAAGAGUAAGAAGCCGAAAUCGGAAGGCUAUAGUGGACACUACGAGCAGGGAGGUGGCGGCGUUGGUGCAGGUGUUGGCGGUGGAGGCUACUCGAAGUCGACAGUGCAAAGCAGUUGUCAGACAACGCCGGACGAAAAGCGAAAGAAUGCCAACAGCAACAGUAACAAAUAUAAGUUUUCCUCGCAAAUUUUUGGCAGAAAGCUAUCUUCAAAGCAUGUCAGUGAGCACGGCGAAGACACAAUGGACAAGGAGGCAUUGUUGAGUCCAAAAAUGGAAAUUAAAUUUCCCGAUCCUGUUGAAACGGUUUUGUCAUUGGGUGCCAAUGUCUUGCCAGAACAAAAAAAUAUGGGAGCCAAAACACAUCGUUGGACCAUACUUCACUAUUCACCGUUCAAGGCUGUGUGGGAUUGGGUCAUAUUAAUAUUGGUGAUGUACACGGCUAUAUUUACCCCAUAUGUUGCUGCAUUUUUGUUGGGUGAACAAGAUUAUCAGAGACGUACCAAUAAGUAUAUAAACAGUGAUCCUAUAGUUAUUGUGGAUCUUAUAGUUGAUGUAACAUUUAUCGUCGAUAUUUUAAUCAAUUUUCGCACCACUUUUGUCAAUGGACAAGAUGAGGUGGUGUCCCACCCCGGCCGUAUAGCGGUGCACUAUCUGAGUGGCUGGUUCCUAAUAGAUCUGGUGGCAGCCAUUCCCUUCGACUUGCUCCUGGUGGGCAGUGAUACGGACGAGCUUGGCUUGGAUAAUGAAGAGACAACAACUCUGAUUGGUCUUUUGAAAACAGCCCGUCUGCUGCGGCUGGUGAGGGUCGCACGGAAAAUUGAUCGUUAUUCGGAAUAUGGAGCUGCUGUCUUGGUACUGCUUAUGGCCACAUUUGUUCUCAUUGCACACUGGCUGGCUUGCAUAUGGUAUGCCAUUGGCAAUGCUGAACGCAUUAUGCUCACAAAGAAUAUAGGGUGGUUACAUACGUUGGGCAAUGAUAUUGAUGAGCCUUAUUUUGAAAAUAAGACCGGAGGUCCAUCUAUCAAGUCCCGUUAUAUAACCGCUUUAUAUUUUACGUUCACCUCGUUGACAUCGGUGGGUUUCGGCAAUGUGGCGCCCAAUACUGAUGCUGAAAAGAUUUUCACCAUUUGUGUGAUGUUGGUGGGCUCUUUAAUGUAUGCUAGUAUAUUCGGUAACGUCUCUGCUAUUAUACAAAGAUUGUAUUCGGGUACAGCUCGUUAUCAUACACAAAUGUUAAGAGUAAGAGAAUUUAUAAGGUUCCACCAGAUACCAAAUCCCUUGCGUCAACGCCUAGAAGAGUAUUUCCAACAUGCCUGGACCUAUACGAAUGGCAUUGAUAUGAAUUCGGUGCUGAAAGGAUUUCCCGAAUGCCUGCAGGCCGAUAUAUGUUUACACUUGAAUCGUAAACUCUUGCAAAACUGUCCAGCCUUUGCUGGCGCCAGUCCGGGCUGUCUAAGAGCUCUAUCGUUGAAAUUCAAAACUACCCAUGCCCCGCCCGGUGAUGUUCUGGUACACAAGGGCGAUGUCUUGACAUCGUUAUUUUUUAUAGCUAGAGGAUCGAUAGAAAUUCAAAGAGAAAAUACAACCGUAGUCAUAUUGGGAAAGGAUGAUAUAUUUGGUGAGAAUCCUUGUAUCUAUCCCAACAUUGGCAAAUCAAAUGCCAACGUUCGUGCCUUAACAUAUUGUGAUCUACAUAAAAUCCAUCGAGACGACUUGCUGGAUAUAUUACAUCUGUAUCCCGAAUUUUUCGACAGUUUUGUUAAUAAUUUGGAAAUAACCUAUGUGAUGCGAGAUGAAUAUACCUCCGGUGUGGAUGUGAAACAUAAAUAUUUGCGGGUGAAAUCAAUGGAUAAGGAACGCAGUACAAGUGAUAUGAAUUCGAUACGAAUAGUCGGAAUGCCAUAUCAGAAAAUGAACAGCAAAGCAUAUGUGCGUGACGCUCCAAUGAAGGAGACGCCAGACGUCAAUAUUUAUGUGGGCAAAGACAGUAACAACUAUAAGUAUGGACAAGCUCCGAAAAGUGAUUAUUUUUAA